AUGAAACUCCUAUACCCGACCUCCGUGAAACUCGACGUGCAGGACCUGCAAGGCUUUUCCGUCUCCCUCCACCCCUAUGAUGUCAAGGCCCCGAUCCCGGAGGACCUCAUCGAUGCCGAGAUCCUCGUCACUUGGGCAAACAGCGCGGACAACCUCAAAGAUGCCGCGCAACGCAUGAAGAAUGUGCGCUGGAUCCAAUCCCUCGCCGCCGGCCCGAAUGACGUGCUCGGCGCCGGCUUCGACAGCUCGCGUACCCUCAUCACCACCGGCGUCGGCCUGCACGACCACCCCGUUGCUGAGCAUACACUCGGCUUGCUGCUCAACGGCGCCCGCCACUUCUACGAGAUGCGCGACUACCAGCUGCAGUCCAAGUGGCCGGGCCAUUUGGGCGGAUCGUUCCCGCGGUCCGACUUCACUACGCUGCGCGAUGCGCGCGUGCUCAUCUGGGGCUUUGGCAGUAUCGCGAAGACGCUGACGCCGUUGUUAACUGCGCUGGGUGCGCAGGUUCGUGGCGUGGCUCGGAGCCACGGCGUGCGCAAUGGCAUUGAGGUGUUUUCCGAGGACAAGCUCCCCGAGCUGCUUCCGGAGACGGAUGCGCUCGUGAUGAUCUUGCCCGGGUCUGACUCGACAUAUAAUGUGCUCAAUGCGGAACGUCUAAAGCUACUCCCGAAGCACGCGUGGGUAGUGAAUGUUGGCCGCGGCGUCUCUGUGGAUGAGGACGCCUUGGUAGACGCCUUGGAGAAGGGCGAGAUUGCGGGUGCCGCGCUGGACGUGUUCAAACAGGAGCCGCUCCCCGAGUCGAGUCCUCUGUGGAAGGCACCGAACCUGAUCAUUUCGCCUCACGCGGCGGGUGGGCGGCCCCAAGGCUGCACUGAGCUAAUUGCGUACAAUCUGCGACGAUUUUUGGCUGAGCAGCCGCUCAAGAAUGUAAUUUAA